UGUUCCAAACCUCCAAUAUCCGGCUUCACUGGAUAGCCCUGAGUCCUAGAUUUACAAGAGAGGGAAAGGAAACAUCUCCCUGUCACUUGGAUAACCUGGGGCUUCUUUGGAGGGGAGGGGAGUAUGCCUGCCCCUUCCCAGAUGCCUUGAGACUCCAAUGGGGCUGACACCAGGUGUGCCAGUUGAUGGCUUCCGGCUUCCAUGGGGCUGCUGGUGAGGUAUUGCAUGGUCUUGGAAAUAUGUAUUGGGAGUCUCAACAUCCAUAACCUGUGUGUGUUUGUAAGGGCUAGUUGCAAUUGUUGAAAAUUCCAUCUUGGGACAGAAAACACAGAGCAAAAGGCAUAUAAGGGCAUGACUGACGAGGGAGAAUCAUCCAGUGAAGGUCACCUCCACUCCAUCAGCCACCUCCUGCAACUCCCAGAGGCCGCAUCCCAGAAGGAGGUCGUCCUCUGCAUUGUGAAGGCGGCUCGCAGCCAGCCAGCUGCCGUGAUACCGGUUCUCGUGAUGAUGCUCCAGCAGGACGAGGCUUCUGCCUGGCAGAAGGUGGCCAUCUAUCGCAGUCUGCGGGCCAUGAUGGAGCACGGCCUGGAGGUGGAGCCUGCCGGCGAAUUCAUCCUUGCAGCCUCCAAGCACCUGAGGGCAUCCCCAGAUGAAGUGCCCCGGGAGCUUCAGGCAGCGGCAAGCAGCACUCUGGCCACUUUUGCCUGCCAUCACUUCCACCCCAUAAUGAUGGAGCUCCAGCACCAGCUCAAGCCCUUUGCCCCGCCAGAUGAGUUCACUCUCCUGACCCUGGGGAAGAUCGCAGCCAGCAAUGUGUACAGCUGCGUCCCUUUCCUGGGCAUCACCCUGACCACCCUGCAGACCGCCAUGCGCCGGAUCGAGGAUGGACGGAGGCGCAGGGCUCUAUGCACAGCCCUGGAGCAGAUGUGUGGGGCAAUCCGGAUAUACCUGCGGACCUGGGAGCGAAGCUCUUACCCCCGCAUCAGCGUCCAGCAGUUCUCUGCCUACCUGCUGCCUCUCUACUCCUGCAUGACCCGAACUUGGCUCCCUGGAUGCGAUGCCCAGGUCCAGCUGGCUGUCUUGAAGACUCUGAGCCCCAUCCUGCGACUCCUGCUGCCCAGGACAGACUUCCAGGCUCAGAUCUACAGCGACAUCUCUCUGCUCCUAGCCCAGUAUGAUAGCAGCACGGAGACUUUCCUCGUCACAAAGAUCCUGGGCCAGAUCCUGGAAGCGUCUCUUGUGAACAACAACCCAAUCCCAAGGGAGCAUGUGGGGCCCCUCACCUGCGCUCUGGUUCGCCAGAUCUGCACCAGGGGACAGAAAUGGCCGCCUCACCCGCAAUGUGAGGAGAACUUCAAAGAGAUCGCUCGCAUCUUCCUGCGCCUGGCCCGUCUGCACCCCUCUGGGCUGAUGGGGGUCUUCCAGGGGAAGGUGGAAAAGCGCCAAGAAGACGUCUGUGUGGUGCUCCUGAUGUUGUUCUCUGAAAUUGUCGGUGCCCAGCUGCCCGAGCUCUGGAGCAGGAGGCAGCUGUGUGUGAGGGUAGUCAAGGCCGCUCUGGGUGACGACAGCACCAGGGUCCGCCUGGCCACGCUCCGGGCCAUUGGGAGGCUGCUGCGCACCAGCUACCUGGAGAGGAUCGAAGGCUGGCCUCUGAACUACGUCUCCCUGCAGAUGGCUGUGUCUGCCCACCAGCUGACACACCCCACACUGAGCCUCCCCUUGGGCGGCUUGGAGGAGAAGGCCAUUGGAAUUGCCGGCGCAGAGGUCCUCCACAUCGCUGUGGCUUCAGGAAGGGGCACCAGCCAGGAAUUGUGGACCAAGUUGCUGAGCUACCUCAUGCAGCCCCCCUACGUGGCUUUAGUCACCCCCCUCUGCCACGCCUUGAGACUGCUGGCAGAGCAGCGACUACGUUGGGUGGGCCACAAGCAGAAUGGCCUGGGGACAGGGGGUUUACCAACUCCACAAGAAUUGAUGGCGCGGCUCCUGGCCCUCGCUGUCUCCCCCUUGGAAGGGACCGGCCGAGGAGCUGCCGUGCUGCUCCUGAUGAACGCCCUACGCCCAGAGGCCUACAGGGAUGUGGGGGAGCACUGGUGGGUGGAGAUACCUGCCCUGGUCCGCUAUCUGGAAGGCCACAGCAAGUACACGCUCGAGCCUGCAGCCUGGGAAGCCAAACUCUUGGAGUUCCUGCAGAAGUCAUUACGGAGGAGUGAAGCGGGAGGCUGGAACCUGGUGCUGGGGAAGGAACUCGCCAAGCAGCUGAACACCUACCACAACUGCUCUGCGGAGAAAGGCUUCCUCUACAAGGCCUUGGGGAUGGCGCUGUCCGCCGCAGGGGAUGCGGAUGGGGUGGCACAGACACUUCUGGAUCUGCUGCUGCACACAGAUUACAUGGAGGAAGCCCAGCAAAAGAGCCUGCCGGAGCCAGGGAGGGGCAGCGUGAAGAGCGCCCUCCUCCUGCUUUAUGGCAGCACGACGGUCCGUGCCCCCUGGGAACAGCUUCUGCCUCUGCUGGCGAGUGAAUUUGUGCGCGGAUCCUGCGCCAUUACACAUCUGAAUUGUCAGUGGGACAUAGCCCAAGGGGAAGGAGACAGAAUGGGGGCCAUUCUGACAGCUGUCCUUUCUGUUUUGCAGGAACUGGGCUGCCCCACUGGGCGAAAAAAGGGAGCCACAGAUGCUGAGCUGGCCCUGAGCUUCUCCCAGUGUGUGUCUGAGAUCAGCCUUUCGAUCCUGAGCAAAGGCGAUGCCCCGUCCUUCUGCCUGCCCCAAAAACGCCUCCUGCUUGACCUCCUCGUAGACAUUAUCAAAGCAGAGCCCCUCGAUGCCCUUGUAUCCCCUGUCCGCCAGCAAGUGAUGGUUGCCCUCCGCCACUUGAGCCAUGUGCCAGAGCAGCUGAGCCGGGAGGAGAACCAGGUGCUGGCAGAGGUGGCCAUGAGCAGCGGUCUUCGCUCUUCCUCCUUUGGGGCUGCAUCGCUGCCUUCCAGCGUUCAAGUGCUGCAUACAGGUGCCCUGACAUCCCUGUCGGAACUGGUGGAGACUCUGCUGGAGGAAGAGGUGGUGAGGGUGGAGCAAAGGGAGAGUGCCAAUUUGCAGUGGUUCCAACAGGCCUUCCAGCUCCUGGGGUACUGGAUGGUGUCGGAGCGGGAAUGGGAGCGUGCCCGGGCUUUGCAGCUUGGGGUGCACUUGCUUCGGACCCAUUGCCAGAAGACCAGUGCUUCCCCACGGAUCCCCCCGGAGCAAUUCAGCCUCCUGGCUGGGGUGCUGGGGCCUUUCACCUGUGACGUGCUGGGCAGCAUCCGGCAGGGUGCCGUCGACUGCAUCAGGGUCUUGCUAAGCACCCAAGGCACCCAAAGGCCAAGGGGCCGCUUGGUGUCCUGGCAGCUCCACUGCAUCCAACGCAAGCUCCGGAGUGAGAGCAGCCCCCGGGAGGUGCACACAGCCUCUCUCCAGCUGGCAAAGGUAUUCAAUGGGCAAAGCCAGAUAGGUGGCAGUCCUUUUGAAGAGCUGGAUCGACCCACCAACAUCCUGGUGUGA